AUGGCAUCUGCCCGAGCUCACCACGCACAUGUAGACGGAGAAAUCAUGGACAUAUACGACGUGCACUUUCCAUCGAUGAAAGACAUGCCUCUGCCCGAAUACCUCCAAGCAAUCACUAAAGCAAUGCUGGAAGCGCCAAAUCGCAUACCACCAGAGGCUAAUGAGGAGAUCCUAGGCCGUCAUUGCAGUACAGAUUUCAAGGUCACAGCAGGCCGUCCGGAGACGAAUCUUAUUGCCUCCAAUCUUGAGCAGCAUACGCGCAACCUGAAGGCGUUCAUUGCUGCUAAUCCGGACUAUCAUAUUGAGGUUCAGAAUACUACGAUCCAGCUCGAUGACAGGACUGGUCGGGCUGUCAUCUUUUGCACGACUAGGGUGAGUGGACUUUUUGGUGCGCAUGGUGUAAGGCAGAGUGUGAAUCAGGUUCGUGCAAGACGGAGGCAGGAUGAACAUUGGGUUGCGUAUGAGUUGGCGAGUUUGCGUGGGCCGGGGCAUUUGACGUUCUGA